AUGCGCCUUGCUUUCCGCCGUCCCCGCCUGCUCCCCGCGCGCCUCCCCCGCCUCCGCGCGCUCACCCUCACCUACCUCUCCUCCCUGCGCACCCCGCUCCCCGCGCUCCUCUCCGCAUUCUCCCCGCCUGCUCCCGGCGCAGCGGAGGAAGCGGAAAACAGUCUUCCCGGGGCAGUUUCGGAAGGGGAGAACGGGGGAGCUUGUAAGGAGGAUGCGGGGGAGAGCAGGGCGGGACUGGCCCGGCUGGAGCUACUGGGAUGGAAGCAGAUGCAGGAGUUACCCGCCGAAGCACUCACCUCUCUCUCCGCCUCCCUCACUCACAUCACCAUUUCCAACUGCCCCGCCCUCUCCUCCCUCCCGGACGAGCUUUGCCAUCUGCCCCACCUCCGCUCCCUCACUCUCUCCUUCCUCCCACUCCUCACCUCCCUCCCUGCCUCCCUCCACCUCCUCUCCCACUCACUGCACCAUAUAGACAUCACCUCGUGUGAUUCGCUGCAGAGUCUCCCCGCGUCCCUUACCGCCCUCUCCGCCCUGCGCUCCUUGAAUGUCUCCGCCUGUGGCGCCCUCGCCCGCCUGCCGUCCGCGCCUGCGGCGCUGCCCCUGCGCGUCGCUCUCUGUGCGCGCCUCACCGCUCUCCCUCGCACCUGGAUGCACCUGCCGUCGCUGCAGGAGCUGAUCGUGGACGGUAACGGCCAAAUGGAGUCACUCUUUGACGGGGAUGACACUGUUCAUAAUGAUACUGUUUAUUAUGACACUGUUCAGUCUGACACUGUUCCUCCAUUCCCCUCUCCUCUCCCCUCUUUGCAUUCCCUCACUGUCUCCAACUGUCCUCGCAUCUCCCGCCUCCCUGCCUUCCUCUCCUGCUCCCCCACUCUCCUCCACUUGAAGCUGCACGACCUCUCUGCUCUCGCCCUCCUCCCGUUUCACACCGCACCCAAUGCUGAUGUAACGGGUGUGACUUUAACGGGUACAGAUGUGGUAGCUGGCGUUGCUGCUGCUGCUGCUGCUGUAGGAUCGGACACACUUGAAGGGUCCGGUGGGAUGAUGGGAUUGGUGACACUUCACAUUGACUUGAAGGACAACACGCACAUCACACACCUCCCUCACUCACUCUUCUCCCUCCCCUCCCUCGCCACCCUCACUCUCUCACACCUCUCGCACGUCGCCUCCAUCCCCCACUCCCUCUCCCUCCUCGCUCCCACCCUCACUCACUUGCACAUCAGCCACUGCCCCUUGCUGACCGCCCUCCCCUCCUCCCUCUGCCGCCUCUCCUUCCUGCGAUCCCUUGUCAUCCAAUCAUCCUCUGGACCUUGA